AAAUGCCGUUCUAACUUCUCGUGGCGGCAGAAAACAGCUCGAGCACCAUUCUAACAACAUGAAGUGACAGCUCCGUGGAUUCAGUUUUAAACCCUUUAACUCGCAGUAUGAGUCCACCGUUAGAUUUCAGACUGUAGAUAUGUUCUCACACUGUUAUCGGACAACUGUCGAUCCUUCUGGAAAGUCUCCACUCUGCACACCUGAGUGAAACAUGUCCAUAGUAACAGUUCAGCUCGGUCAGUGCGGUAACCAGGUGGGUCACGAGCUGUUAGACGUCAUCUGCAACGAUGCUCAGGAGGGACAGAGGAAGGUGUACAGCUCAGCCAGCUGUGAGAGGUUCUUCCACCAGUCUACACAUGGAGAGCUUGUAGCCAGGGCGGUGCUGAUCGACAUGGAGCCCAAAGUGAUCAACCAGAGCAUCAGCAGGGCUGCAAAGUCUGGCAGGUGGAGGUAUGGAGAGGCCUCACACUUCAGCCAGAAGCAGGGCUCUGGGAACAACUGGGCGAAUGGGUACUGCGUCCACGGGCCUCGUCACAGAGCUGUGGUGGAGGAGCUGGUGAGGCGAGAGGUGGAGCGCUGUGACAGACUGGCUGGACUCAUGGCCAUGAUGAGUGUGGCGGGGGGGACAGGGUCUGGGGUUGGCACUUAUGUUACCGAGUGUCUCCGAGACAUCUACCCCAAGUCCUUCAUCCUCAACCACCUCACCUGGCCGUACGGGACUGGAGAGGUGAUAGUCCAGAACUACAACUCCGUGCUGACGCUGGCUCAUCUCUACCAGCUGUCAGACGCCAUCCUGGUGCACGAGAACGACACGGUGCACAGGGUCUGCAGUCAGCUGCUCAACAUCAAACACAUCUCCUUCAGUGAUGUCAACAGGGUGAUUGCUCACCAGCUGGGAAGCGUCCUGCAGCCCGCGCUCACUGCUGACUCCCAUGGAGUCUACAGCAGGAAUCCUCUGGGUGAGUUGGUGAGCGCCCUCGCGUGCCACCCGGAGUACAAGUUGCUCAGUGUGUCCACCAUCCCUCAGAUGGCCAGCUCCUCCAUCGCCUACAGCACGUUCAGCUGGCCGAGCCUGCUCAAACACCUCCGACAGAUGCUCAUCUCCAACACCAAGAUGGAAGAAGGUAUCGACUGGCAGGUGUGUCCUCCUGCAGCCUCUGAGCGGAGCAGGAGUCUCACAGCACCCAGCUUCAACAGAUCUCUGGCCAACCUGCUCAUACUGAGAGGGAAAGACGUCUACAGUGCAGAGACAGGUGGCUUCGAGGACCCAGCUCUGUACACCUCCUGGCUCUCAUCAGAAGCAGCUUUCAAUUUGUGGAAAUCCCCAGUGCCUUUUAAUAAGUAUGAAAAAUGUGCUACGCUGGUCAGCAACAGUCAGGCUCUGCUUAAACCUCUGGAUAACAUGGUGGGAAAAGCCUGGAACAUGUUUGCGUCCAGGGCCUACAUUCAUCAGUACGUUAAAUUUGGGAUCUCAGAGGAGGACUUUCUAGACAGCUUCACAUCUCUUGAGCAGGUCAUUUCCAGCUACAGUCAGCUGAGCUAGAAAUGGGAAACAAGCACCACCGUGCCUUCAGACUCUAUGUAGAUAAGACAAUACCAUCAAGUGGGACAUUCCUGGUGCUUUUUAUUUAUUAAAAAAAUAAAACGUAAAUAAAAGUCUCUGACAAGCUGAAUGCUAUACAAAUUCUUUGAGUUUGUGUUACAUCUGAAGCGGCAAUUUCUUCACUGGGACACCCAUUCAGUCUCUUCAAGGGGAAAAAUAUAGAAACUAUUUUUAUUAAAUUAUAUUUUAAUGGG